UCACAUAUCCUCAAUAUCAACAUUAAACUUUUAAAACAAGUGAUAAAUGUGCACAUUUGAUGGAUGUUUCGCGAAUAAUGGAGAAAAAAGAUGCAUAAAACGAGCGGUAGCCCACCAACAUCAACUCUACCAUCUCAGAACCCCCGCCUCAAUGCCCGAUCCUCGGCAUCUGUCUCGUUCCGUUCCACUGUCGCUCAUCGGGUCUCACUAGCCCAUUCCCAAUCGUAAAAUUCGCCGCUAAGUCCUUGCACCCGUACCAAGGGCUUUUCGAAAAUCAUCCGAAAACACUUAAAAACCGGAGUCUCCCCCUGCGCUGGAAUUGUCCCCGUUAAUGAGCCCUCAGCUGUGAUAUCGCCCUGAAAACGUUUGUUUUCUCAUCACCAAACAGUUAUCACAAGAAUUUUAUUUAAUAUCGAGACUCCACUCGACUCACCAAUCAUCCCCAGGAGCAUUCCAAUUUGAUGGAACCCUCGAGGAUAGCCAACUCUAAGGUAUCCCUCCCUCGCUACUGCUCAAGGAGAAUAAUGAGGGACUAGCAGUGAAUCUAAAUCCAAAAUGGACAAUUCAAUCCCCACGUUUCAGUAGUGAAGCCCUGGCAUUUUGGAGUGUGUGAAAAUGGCGAGAAGAAAGAAGAGCGAUGGAAAUGCCCCUGGCAAGCCAGUUAACCCAGUGGCUGUUCGUAAAUCGAGUCGUCAGAUAGCUAGGAAACAGUCAAUUGACGGAAAGAAGCUCAAUGGUGAGGUGACACAUGUAGAGGUGCAAAGUGCCCCUGAGGAGCCUCCAAAACCACCUGAAGUUGUUGUCAAACGAAAGAGGGGGAGGCCUCCCAAAGAGGCAAAAAAUGUCGUUCAAAAGCCAAAAAAUGUGGUUCAAGAGGAAAUUAUACCCCCCGAAGUUGUUAACAAUGUUGAGGAUGAAGAUGUUGGUCCGGAAACCGUUGAAAGUUCUGUGAAAAAUGAUGAGAGUAAUUCUGGGGAUGCUAGAGAGGUCGAGAUUCCUCCAACAGAGGCAUCAUCACCCCAGCAGGAUCCAGUUGCAGUUGAAGAGCAAGUAAUACCUCAAGAUGAUGCAAUACCACCACCAGAUGGUAAAAUGUCACCUCAGGAUGAUUCAGUUCCUGAGAAAAAAAUUGACUCAGAGAAUGAUUUGGAGAUGAAAGAGGAGGCAGAACCCCCUGGGAUGAUGGUGGAAAAUUCUCAGGAUGCUCCUCCGAUAGAAGAGCCUUGGACUGCUGAGGAUGUUAUUGAGGAGACGAUCAUCUGUCAGGAAAUGGAGGUGGAGACUGAAGAAGUUGAAAGUACUGAUUACGUCGAGGAAGACUCCAAUGUCGUUCUUGAACAGGUUCUUCUAGUGGAGGAGCCUAAUUUCGAGGGGAGUAAUGUAGUUUACGUGAUUCAGAGUGAGGAUGGAACGGCUAUGGUGAUGGAGACCCCCGAGGGUGUUGCUGGUGAGGAAAAUUAUCAGGAAGCCAGUGAAUAUCAAGUUAUUGAGCAGGGAGUUGAGUGUUUGAGUGUCGAAGACCCUUUAACUAGUAAUAAUUGUGAAGAAGUAAUUGGAAGUGAAGUGAAAACACAAAUUAGUGAGGAGUCUGAGGGCUCUAGGGAUCACUCAGACCGAGAGAAACUGGAGAAUUGUCUUGUGGAGGGUGAAAAAGUCGAGGAAAUGAUCGUUGAAGAGACAGUGGUUGUUGAAGAAUCCCUUCAAGUGUCUGAGGAAUCCAUUCCCGAUGAUAAUCCUGAGAAUAAUCCUCCCUCCAACGGUUUAUCCCCUCAAAAUCCUCCAGAAGUCCCCAGGAAGAUCGAGAGAAGACAAAAACCGAGAGCUGCAAAGGCAAAAUUGAAAAAACCUCAGAAUUCGGAUUUUAAACCUGAAGAACCUCCACUAAUUCCUGAGAAAACAGACAAUUGUCAGCCUGUGGAUGUCCUGGAGGACUCUAGCUGUUCCAACCUGGAUUCAGUCUCCACGAACCCCAGUAUCGCCUCCUCAGAGCCCUCAAAAUCCCCUCAGACCGACGAAAACCUCGACCAAUUACCGGAAAACAAUCUCCUCAUGGAUUCCCUCACGACAACUCCCAUAGAAGACUCAGACAAUAGCAAUGAGACCUCCACGAGGUCUCCAACACCAAGUGCCAAAGCCUCAAAAGCCCCGGAGCCUCUCGAAGAAUUAUCUCGAGAGAGUGAACCGGAGCUGAAACCCUUCGAGGACCAAAAAUUCUCGUCGAGCAGUGAAAACAGCAACGACACAGUCACCCUAAAACCCCAGGAGGAAAAAUCCACGGGGGAAGACUCGGAGAAAAAGCUUUUCAGAUCCAGAAGUGGCAGCACAGACACCACAGGCUCUGAGUCAGGGUCCAACAGCUCUGGGGUCCGCCGGAGCAGCAGGAUUCGCUCUCAAGGACUGAUGAAGGUGCGUCCACGAGGCAGGGGACUGGUCACCAAACCCAUCGCAGAUGUCACCAAAGCCCUUCAGCAGGAGCGAGAGAAGCUCCAGACGGCCUCAACCCCAGACAGUCAAUCGGAGACACAAUCGGACAAAGAGAACAGCAACAAGUCAAUUCCCUCGGAUGUCAAUGCCCCUUUGACUCUGGUGACCCCAGGCUACGACUCAGACUCGACGAAACCGGUUAAAGUCAAGUCGAGAUGGAGAAGGUCCAGUGAACUGGAGAUGGGUGGGAACACAUCACGAUUGGGAUUCAACUCAGUUCUGAAUUCAUCGACAUCUUCGUCGAAUGCUGAAGCUCUUCCUUCACUCCCUGAGAAUUCAGUGUCGAGCAGCUCAAUAUCUAGUGAAUCGGAGUCAUUGAAAGAGUCGAGAAACUCAUCUCCAGUGCCUAAACCCCCCCAGAGGACUCCUGCACCUGAGGAGACUGACCCAGAGCUGGAGGAGCGUCUCAGCCAGUUUGAGAUAAUCAAGGAGAAUCUCUACUUGACCGAACGCUACACCAACAAAGAAACUAAAAGAAUGACUUGCGACUGUUUUCUGACGGAAGAGGAACUCGAGAGAGGGGAGAUGGGCUGCGGAGAGGAUUGCCUCAAUCGUCUCCUGAUGAUCGAAUGCGGCCCUCGCUGCAACAUCAACGAAAGAUGCACCAACAAGCGAUUUCAGAACUGCGACUACGCCAAGUGCGAAGUAUUCAGGACUGAGAAGAAGGGACUUGGAUUGCGAGCUGUGCAGGACCUAGAGCCUGGUGAAUUCAUCAUGGAGUACGUUGGGGAGGUGCUGGACCCCAGGGACUUCAGGAGACGAGCGAAGGAGUAUUCCAAAGACAAGAACAAGCACUAUUACUUCAUGGCUCUCAAGUCAGAUCAGAUUAUCGACGCAACCAUAAAGGGAAACAUCUCAAGGUUCAUUAAUCACAGCUGCGACCCCAACGCCGAGACCCAGAAGUGGACGGUGAAUGGAGAAUUGAGGAUAGGGUUCUUCAACCGGAGGUUCGUCGCUGCUGGCGAGGAGAUAACCUUUGACUACCAUUUCCAGAGGUACGGAAAGGAGGCGCAGAAGUGCUACUGCGAGGCUGCCACCUGCAGGGGCUGGAUCGGUGACACUCCCGAUGAGGAGAAAGAGAAAACUGAGAAGAAGGAGAAACGAGAGAGGGAGGACAAGAAGAAGAAACGAGAGGUGAAGAAGUCUUACAUGGAGGAUGAAGACUUGGAGGAGGAGAUUGACAAGCUCUGCAGCUGUGGCCUGAAGAAUCGAACGCAUACUUUGGCCCUGAGUAGAUUGAUGGUGAGGUCUAGGGAGAUGGAUCACAGGAGUCGAUUGCUGAAGGUUCUGCAGUCUGGGGUGGAGGCCUGCAGACGACUCUUCCUGGAUUAUCACGGCUUGAGGUUGAUCUGGAGUUACAUGAUGGAUGUCGCUGGAAUUCAGAGUGACGAAGCACGGGUUUUCAGGCUGGAGCUCGUGAAAACGCUGAAUACACUGCCAAUACCGAAUAAAACGAUGCUGAUGGAUAGCAAGGUGUUUGGGGUCGUUGAAAAGUGGUCGCAGGAGAUUAUCGACAGUUCCCCGAAGGCGGAAUCUCCGAGUGAUGAGACGAGCAAACCGAAGAUCGAGGAUGAAGUGGAGAGUAACUGUGAUAGCAAUGACAAGAGUGUGGAGGGUAAAGGAAGUGAGAAGGGCUCGCCGAUUGAGAAGGACGGGGAAGCCCAGGGGAGUCCUGUCGAGUCAGACAACGUCAAAAUGAUCGUAGACCUUGCUCUGGAAUUAUUGACAAAGUGGUCGUCGUUGAAGGAAGUCUUCAGAAUACCAAAGAAGGAGAGAAUCGAGCAGAUGAAGGAGCACGAGCGAGAAGCUGAUAUCGGUUAUAAAGAGGAUUCCCAGAAGGAAGAGAGGAGAGUCUCCUCGGGGUAUGAGAGACGAUCCUCGGGGUAUGACAGAAGGGAUCGACGGAGAGGACGAGAGAGCCCUGACCCUGACCCUUACAGGAAUAAGGAUAAAGACAGAUCGAACCUGGUGCCAGUGCGUAGGCUAUCUAAAUACGAGAGGAGACAGCUCUUCGCUAUGAAGGUGGCUAAGGAGGAGGAGGAGAGGAUCAGAAGACAGCAGCAAGAGGCCUUUCAACAUCAUGAGUCCAAGUGUGUUGCCCUGGGACUGGAUCCUCUCGUCACUCCGGUGAUUGAUCCCAACACUGGGUAUCCCCUGUUCUUCAAUCCUAAUUUGGGACAGUGGCAGGGGUAUCCUGUGCACGAGGGAGAGGUUGCUGGGCACAAUCAGAUGCAUAUGGGGCAUAAUCAAAUGCACAUGGGGCAGAGUCCUGGGGGAAUUGGCCCGGGGAUUAAUCAUAAUGUUCACCAGGUGCCUGGCAUGCCUCCGGAUAUUUCUCCAGGUAUUCCUCCACCCGUUUAUGGGCCAGGAAUACCUUCUGGAUUCCCUCCACCUGGGGUACCCUAUCCUGGAAUGCCUCAACCUCAGGGACAAUUCGUUGAAGGACAUCUCCAGAUGCAGAAUAAUCUCAUCCCCGUGCAUAAUGGCACACCUCCGAUUCCCGCGGGGGUCACCAGGGUUUUUAUUGACGACAGUGUGAGUGAGGCUGCCUCUGGGAAUAUUGUCACUGCCACACCGAUGGAGACUGUUGACGAGGAGGAAGUGAAGACGGUUCAGCCGGAGAUUCCUCCGUUGGAUUUACCCCCGAGGUGGAAGUGUGCGAAGGACUCCAGGGGGAGAUACUACUAUUAUCACGUGAAGGAGAGGAUUUCGCAGUGGCUGCCACCUCCACCGACGCACAUUGGGGUACAGCCUGAGACUUCUUCGAGUGAAGAGUCCAGCGAGGAGAGUAGUUCGAGCGAGGAAGAUGACGAGGAGGAGGAGGACGAUUGGGACGAGGGAGAGGUGGUCAGGGUGGUCGAGGGGGAGAGGAGCAAAUUGAGGGAUCCGAGGAUUGCCGGGGCUGGACCGGAGGCCAAGAAACGAAGGGAUGGACUCGUGCAGGAGAGGAUCAUCAGUCCGAGAAGAGAGGAAGACCGAGUGGACCAUAAGAAGUAUAAAGACAUUAAAGAUAAACUUCGACGUCAGAAGGAAAGGGGCAAGCUCAAGGAGCACAUCGACAAAAUGAGAAAACAUCGGAGAGCCAAUAAAGCCAAGUCACAGGCCAGACACACUGCUAUCAAGUUGCAGGCCAUUGCUCAGUCCAAUGAACUCACUGCUGAGAGGAAGAUUAAAGACAGUUUUAGAGUCAAUAUGGCCACAGUUAUCGUCAAAUUCUUGAAUCCUUACAGACAGAAUGACUGCAAGCAAGGGAGAAUUACGAAUACUGAGGACUUCAAGUACUUGGCGAGAAAGCUCACUCACUUCGUAAUGGCAAAGGAACUCAAGCACUGCAAAAGCGUUGACGAGUUGCAGUGCAACGAGAACGUAAAACAUAAAGCUAAAGACUUUGUACGCAAAUACAUGAACAAGUUUGGUCCAGUCUACCAGCGAUCCUCAGACGAUGAUUAACACUGUAACUGUGUAAACUAGUGAAAAGGAAAACAAUCAUUACGAUCCAGCCACGAUAUAAGAUUCAACAGAAUGAGAAAGAGUGUAAAGUUCGUUUAUAGAGUUUAUAUGUAGAUAAAGUAUCGCUCGACUUUUAGGCAUAAACAUUGAGGUAAUUGAUAUUUUUCCAAACGUGAUAAUCUCACCCAUCAUUAGGAAAAUUUUACUUAUUUUUAAGAUGAAUGUCUCUUUCUUUUUUUUUUUAUGUUUCCAGUUUCUUUUCUUUUGUAUAAAUGACUGAAUUAUCUCAGAAAUUGGGGUAGUUUGUUUUUUUUACGAAUUCUGAAUUGUUCUUCACAUUAUUUUUUCAAUGAUCAAGAACGUAUUGCUCACGAAUUUACCACUGGAUAUUCCGUGAACAUGAUUAUUUCAAAUCAACUGAUGAGAAGCGAUCCAUCUAGCUAAUAUUCAAGUUUAAUAUCGUUGUUAAUGAUUAAGACUUGAAAUUUAUUGUGCUAUUUGCAGAUAAUGUAAAUACAGUAUAAUAUAGCCAAGUUUACACAACA